AUGCACCCUGUUUGUAUGAUAGCAUGGCGACCUGCAAGAGGCUGUGUCAGAAGUAACAGGACGAAGACUACAGAUAUCUUUGGUCUCCGACAAAUCUUUUCUGUGCUUGUAAGAUCCCAACAGCACGCAGUUCGCAAGAGCGAUGCUUUUCUCUCAAUCACAGGGCCCAUCUGCAGGUCGCUGAGGCAGAACCGCUCGCCCGGUUCUCUUAGACCAUUCUCCACUGCAGCACCAUUACGACUUCACCAGAGUUCGAGAAGUCAACAACAAAUUCCAUCCCGAGCACCGUCCGAGCUCGCAUUCCGGCGAUCCGACCUCCGACCUUAUGAAAUCAAGGUUGUCUUCGGUCCUGAUGCUCCUCCUCCUCAACUCGCCAACACGCUUCUUAAAGUCCUCCACUCUCGCCGCGUGAAUGGCACGCUUGAUCUUGACCUUCCAUCCAAACUCGCCUCUCAAUUGAAAGCAUAUCCCAGCGCGGUCGAUGACGCCCUUCGAUGGCUUCGCCUGGAAUACCCAGUCGACGAAGAUGCAGCUAUUCUUAGGCGGAUAGAGCGGGAAGAGGCUGGCGAAGGCGAUGAAGUCUUGAUAAACCGCGCAGAGAAUCUGGGUCUAUACAAGCCACAAAGUGGGUUGUAUGGAGCCAAGCUCGGAGAAGAGGGUGACAUAUUUGGGGAGAGCGAGCUGGAAAAAUUGAGGAAGGAGAAUGAGUUGAAGGCGGAGCAGGAGCAGAAAGAGGUAGAUGAAUUCAUCGAGCAGACACAGCAAGCGCACGAAGAAAAGGCUGGUGCGCUGGAGACUCGAAGAGAGGACGGGCUAGAAGUAUCAACGGGCUCAAGACCUCCAAACCUGUAUGAAAAGUGGAAGAUGAGGCACUACUUGUCUGGCACUUCUAAAAUCACAUUUGAAGAAGCCUCGCAAAAAGGAAAGAUUCGGCGUCUUCUUCCGUCAAUUCUCUUUGCAGCCACUGUCACUUGUGCAUCUUACCUCUUUGCAUUAACCUGGACACCUCCUGAUCGCUCUCACCGGCUUUUACCAUCCCUGCCGCUUGCCGAAGCUACAAUAUUCGGCAUCAUGGCCGCGAAUCUUGUCAUCCUUGCAUUAUGGCGCUUUCCACCUGCGUGGCGGAUGCUAAACAGAUACUUCAUCAGCACACCAGGUGUCGUGACAGUCUUCUCGAACCUGGGAAAUACCUUCAGCCAUCAAAGCUUUACGCAUCUGCUCUGGAAUGCCGUUGUGCUCUGGCUAGUAGGAAUAAGCCUCCAUGAGGAUGUUGGAAGAGGUUACUUCCUCGCCAUGUACCUAUCCAGCGGCGUCGUUGGCAGCGUGCUAAGUCUGAGCAACAUGGUUCUCCGGAAUGUCUUGAUCUCCAGUUCCCUAGGGGCUUCCGGGGCCGUUGCAGGAGUGUUCGCAGCCUAUUGCACUAUCAAUCCCAGUUCACGAAUUACGAUCUGGCUGCUACCUGAGGAUCUGGCACGAUGGGUUUCUUGCGAGGCCAGUUCAUUCCUAUUCUUCGUGGUCGCUCUUGAGAUCCUGUGUAUGACUGUGCCGUCGAUGAGAAGGCGCGGCACAGAUUAUGUGGCACACCUGGGUGGAUAUGCCUCUGGGUUCCUGGGCGGGUUGUUCUGGAGACGCGAGCAUGAGCCAAACCUUCAUUCAGGAGGAGGGUGGGGAAAGAAUAGACCCAAGGAACCGAGAUGGUACGAGAAGUUCUUAGGGAGAUAG